GAAUUGGGCAAUUCCCUGGACAAGUGCAAGAACAACGAGAACGUGCAGCAGAUCCUGACCAACGCCACCAUCAUGGUGGUCAGCGUCACCGCCUCCACCACCCAGGGGCAGCAGCUGUCUGAGGAGUCUCAAAAUCCCCCCAAAAUUUUGGGAAUUUCCCCAGAAUUUUGGGAAUUGCCCCAAAAUUCCCAAAAUUUCCUGGAAUUCCAGGUGGGGUAUGAGCUGAAGGAGGAGAUCGAGCGCAAGUUCGACAAGUGGCAGGAGCCGCCCCCGGUCAAGCAGGUGAAGCCGCUGCCGGCGCCGCUGGACGGGCAGAGGAAGAAGAGGGGGGGCCGGCGCUACCGGAAGAUGAAGGAACGCCUGGGGCUGACGGAGAUCCGCAAACAGGCCAACAGGAUGAGCUUUGGGGAGAUUGAGGAGGACGCCUACCAGGAGGACCUGGGCUUCAGCCUGGGCCACCUGGGCAAGGCCGGCAGCGGCCGCGUGCGCCAGACCCAGGUCAACGAGGCCACCAAGGCCCGGAUCAGCAAAACCCUGCAGAGGACGCUGCAGAAGCAGAGCGUGGUGUACGGCGGCAAAUCCACCAUCCGGGACCGGAGCUCGGGCACGGCCUCGAGCGUGGCCUUCACCCCCCUGCAGGUGGGGAGGGCCCCCCCCGUUUGUGUUUCUUUCCUGAACUUUCUAUAA